GUAAUUUAUUUUCUUUCUUCUCCCCAAGUUCUCAUCCUUGUUGUUAGGCAUCAUCCCUUUUAGCGACCAUUCUUUUUCCAUUUUUCCAUUCUUUUUUUUUUUAAUCUGAUAUUGUCACCAUCCGUUCCUUUUAAUGCGUUUUGAUGCAGAUUGUGAGUCGACUUUUUCUCUCCGCUUUUCUUGCUACAGUGUUUGCACCCUCGGUGUUCUGUUUGUCCAGCAGUGAAAAGUCGGAUCGACAUGGUGCCCGAGAGUUUAAGCCUUCAUCAUCUUCCAUUUCUUCUUCCACCUCGCAUGCUGCGGCAACACAUUCAUUAUCUGGUCAAAAUGUGACGCAAGUUUGGUGUUAUACCUCCACGUUCACUUACCCCAGUCGUUCCCAUCACCAUAGACCUACAACGACACCCACCGCCACCAUCAGCACCUCGGUCUCCUGCAAGCAAACCGUGGUCUUCAUUUAUCGGAAAGAACAACACACAGGACCGCUUCGUCACUCAAAGAAAAAGUCUAGCCCUCACUACGCUCACGCUACAACGCAUUCUCCCUAUGUCACCAAAAAGCAUCACCACACGACAAUAACAACAACAGCAUCGGCUCCAUUGUUGAAGGCUCUUGACUCGAUCACAUCGUCAACUCCCUCGUUGACUCGUACCUCAACCUCCUACACCACAUCUUCAAUGUUCAGUACUCCUGCUGCUACUUUGAGCGCCGAUAAGGACGCUACAGUACUCAUCAUGGCGCCGACACCAACGCCUACUUCAUUAAAAUUGAAAGCGAUCAAGGAGCCGCAGUUAAAAGCUACCAGCAUAUGGCUUCAAGAUUCCAACGAUCCACUGAACUAUGACCAGGAAAAGAACGCGCCAACCUCUGAAACGAAAAGCAAGAGUGGCGAUACUGGGUCCCAUGCCGACCCCUUGAGCCCUUUAUCGGAGUCGUGGACCGGCAGUAACAUGGAGGAAUCAGAAAAUCCGACGGAUAUUUACGGCAUCAUGCCUGAUACAGACUAUUCUGAUGCGGAGGAUGACGCAGACGACAACUAUAGUCAAAACGAUGAUGUAUACAAUACAGAGCAUACCGAAAAUGCAGACGAGGAAGAAGAUGAAGGCGAAGUGCAUGACGACGAAAACGACGUCCCAGUGCCUUCCUUUUCCGUAGUGCCGUUCCCUAUCAACGGCGCAGCCGGACAUGUUGAUUCGGGUAUGACCGAUCUAGCCGAUACUCAGGCAGUUUCUGGUAGUAUGAGCAACAAAGCCCUUGGCAUUGGUUUAGGCCUAGGCAUCGGCUGCGUUGCGGCGCUAGGUCUGGCAGGUCUUCUCGUUCACAGUCGACGCAAGCGGAAAGAACAACUACUCUUCAACGGUAAUCAAAACAUUUUGGAUGAAACCGAUGUGAACACAAGGUGGCGUCCUCAGAGCUUCAUGGGUGUCGUGGCUUCGGUGGUUGCCAAGUUACCACGGUCGCCUUCUCAACGAAGCAAUGCAUCCGAAGCGGCCGCUUCAACAAAGACCACUUCUACUGGUAUUGCCAUAGGAACCGGCGAAGGAGCGACUGAGUAUCCCCGUGCUUCUUCAACCUCCAUUCAACCACCCUCAUUAACAAGAGUAAUCACAGAUAUGCAGGACAUUAAAUUAUAACUUUCUCUCAUCAUCUUCGAAUUCUCUUAUCUUAAAUAAUUUGUUAUUUCCUCACCAAAUAUGUGCAAGCAAGUCUUGAUGAAAAACUCUGAAAAAAAGGGUGCUUUACGUUGACAACGAAUUGAUUUAUGCUUGCAGCUUUGGUGGAAGGAAAAGUGAAGGUUGAGAGAGAGCUCACGGUUCAAGAUAAGUGAC